AUGCCACUAACAAAAAAUCUAAAAGCUAUAUUAAUAAUAGAAGUCAUUAGAAAGAAUGGACUAAAAAGUUCCAUAUCAACUUUGCUAAUAGAUAACAAGCCAAUACUAACGAUACAAAAUAAGAAUUGGCCCUCUCUACAAAAAAUAGCACUUACAGCAUUACUAAUCUUACUGACAAUAGCACCAAAAGAAUCAAAAGUGACAAUAUAUACCAACUCAACUUUUCUAAAGAAGGUUAAAACAGGAAAUAAUAUUGGCUAUAUUGAAAAUCAGAAAAUUAACAAACAGAAUUUUGGAGGAUAUAUAAUGGGAGUAAAUACCCUGUUAGAUAUAAAAUUCAUCGAACUAAUAGUAGAACCAAUAGAGACAAAACCACAGUACAAACAAAAAUGGGUGGAAACAGAAUUCAUAUCAGCAAAGAUAAUAGCAAACAACUUUUUUGCCAUAAUGAAAAAACAAACCCUGCUGUAUAAUAUGAACUUUACAAUUAAGAUAAUACAACAAAUGGAAAAGUAUAACAAUUGGCUAAAUCAAGAGCGAAUAAAACAAUUGCAAAAUGCCCACCAUGGAAUUAACUGGAAAUUGGUAUAUGAAUACUUAAGUCUAAAAGACAAACCAAGUAUCAAAAAAACAAACCCUAAAAGAUCUAAACUUAAGAGCUUUAAAAUCAAGAUGCUAACUGACGAACUACCUACUUUUGCAAAUUUAUACAAAAGACACUCGACAAAAUAUAAAUCUUCAAACUGCCAUAGGUGUAAUAUAGAAAUUGAGAAUAAGAUAUAUUGGUUGAUAUGCAAGAACAAUAGUACUAAAUUAAAUCAAAUAAUAUCCCAAGCUAUCGACAAGACAGGAUCAAAAAAUAAAAAAGUAGGACAACAACAAUGUCAAAAUCUGUCAAACUUUAGAAGAAUACACGUAAUUAAUCAGAUACCAAUUAGGGUAAUAAUACCAGAGAAGUAUCAGAUCUCAACAUCAGUAAUUGCAAUAAAAGAUAUUGUAAAGUUAUACAAUAUAAUAGUAUCAUAUAUACAUGAAGAGAUUUGGAUACCAUCACAAAUAGAUUCUUAUAAUACAAAUUCACUAAACUCAUCUAAUAUAAAUAACAUGCAGAAUCAACAAAAUCAAAAUUUGAAUACAAAUAAUGCAUAUAUAAAUCAAAAACAAUUAAAACACAAUAAAUAG